AUGAUUAUUGCUAGAGAUGAUCAUCAAGCUAUUUCUGAUUUGCAACACUACCUUGGCAAAUACUUCGAGAUGAAGGAUUUGGGGUCCUUUAGUUACUUUCUUGGUCUUGAGGUAUCAAUGUGCUCUGCUGGCUAUUCAUUGUCUCAAGCAAAGUAUGCUUCAGACUUAUUGGUACGUUUCGAGAUCAUUAACUCUGCUACAGUCCCGAAAUCACUCGAUUCUAAUGUUUGCCUGACUCCAUUUGAUGGCAUUGCUCUUGAAGAUGCCACUCUCUACCAUCAACUUGUUGGUAGCCUGAUUUACCUAAUAGUGACUUGUCCCGACAUUGCAUAUGUUGUUCACAUUGUAAGUCAGUUCAUGGUUGUCCCUCAAACCAUUCAUUUUACUGUUGUUCUCCGUAUUCUUCGCUAUGUCAAGGGAACUCUAGGACAUGACCUUCAGUUUUCAUCCCAGUAA